AUGCAAGGUCGGUUUCUAAGUGGUAGUGUCCUGCAAUCUCAGUACAAGGGGGAUGAUGUGACACUAUCAAAGAGUCGACCUACACACCUCGGAAUAGAGAGUCGACCUACUCACCUCGGAAUAGAGAGUCGACCAACACACCUCGGAAUAGAGAGUCGACCAACAUACCUCAGAAUAGAGAGUCGACCAACACACCUCGGAAUAGAGAGUCGACCAACACACCUCGGAAUAGAGAGUCGACCAACACACCUCGGAAUAGAGAGUCGACCUACUCACCUCGGAAUAGAGAGUCGACCAACACACCUCGGAAUAGAGAGUCGACCAACACACCUCGAAAUAGAGAGUCGACCAACACACCUCGGAAUAGAGAAUCGACCAACACACAUCGGAAUAGAGAAUCGACCAACACACCUCGAAAUAGAGAGUCGACAAACACACCUCGGAAUAGAGAAUCGACCUACACACCUUGGAAUAGAGAAUCGACCUACACACCUCGGAAAAGAGAGUCGACCUACAAACCUCGAAAUAGAGAGUCGAACAACACCACGGAAUAGAGAGUCGACCAACACACCUCGAAAUAGAGAGUCGACCAACACACCUCGGAAUAAAGAGUCGACCAACACACCUCGGAAUAGAGAGUCGACCUACACACCUCGGAAUAGAGAGUCGACCUACACACCACGGAAUAGAGAGUCGACCAACACACCUCGGAAUAAAGAGUCGACCUACACACCUCGGAAUAGAGAGUCGACCAACACACCUCGGAAUAAAGAGUCGACCUAA